AUGGUGAAGGAUUGUUGGGACCAAUGGAUUGGAGGUGCAGCCUUAUUUGUGUUCAGCCAAAAAUUAAAAAAUUUGAAAGCUGCGGUUAAAAUGUGGGCUAAGGAGAAUUAUCCUAACAUCAACUUGGAAAUUGAGGAGGCUCGGAUGGUGCUGGAAGAUGUGCAGCAGGAAGCCGAGUUGAAUGGCAUGGAUGACCUUAUUUUUGCGCGUGAAGCUGAUGCUAAAACUAGAUUCCUCGAAGGUGCGAAGAAUCAAAAAUACCAUUCGGUCUUAAAAAAUGGAGAUGGGAUUCUGAUUAUUGGGAAGGACCACCUGGAAGAGUAUGUUAGUGACUACUAUGAAAGCUUUCACAAGCAUUCUUCUACUCUGGACCAUUUGGAGAUGCUUGACUGUGUCGUAGAGGUGUUGACUGAUCAUGAUAGAUGGAAGCUGGACAUGAUGCCGUCCAAUGUGGAGAUCAAAGUUACGGUUUGGGAUCUCAAUCUUGAGAGCACCCCAGGCCUAGACGGAUUCCCAGGUAUGUUCUACAGAGUUUGUUGGGAUAUUAUCUCAGCAGAUGUCUGUAAUGCUGUUCAAAACUUCUUCAGUGAAAGUUUUAUGCCACCAGGUCUGAAUAGCAAUUUCAUUGUUUUAAUUCCCAAGAUAGAGGGUGCUAUUUCUCUUGAUAAGUUUAGACCGCUAUGCUUGGGGAAUUUCUUUUGCAAAAUUAUUUCUAAAAUUUUGGCUAUUAGAUUGUCUACAUUGUUGCCAAGACUCAUCUUAGAGGAUCAGGGGGCUUUCCAGAAAGGGAAGAUCAUCCACUCCAACAUUAUUCUCGCUUCUGAGCUAACUAAUAUGAUGUUCUUUGUGACCAGAGGGGGAGGAAUGGCCUGA